AUGUCCGAAAGCCAGCAACCGACCCUGCGCUUCUUCAAUUAUCCGACCCCUAAACCUCACGACGCGCCGUACCAAGCCCCGCCUCCCGGAAACAACCCCGUGGUCAAGGGCGCGCUGCUGAACCAUCUCUCGACCCUGUUUGCGAGUGUACCUGUAAUCCCAGGGUUGCUGUGGAGUAACGCCGGCUUCGGUUCCCUGCGACGAUGCGACCAGCUCAACGGCGUCGAAUCGCGUUUCGAUCCCACCGUAGUGCCGCUGGCCCAGCCCGGUGACGAGGCUCCAGCGAGUUAUACAGACCAGGCGAGCCUUCGCGCACCGCUUGACCACGCCUCGUCCAGCCGCUUCUACUCAAUCAAAGACUACCACUAUGCGUACUUGAGUGGCGCAAUAACACCGCUGGACGUAGUAGAGCAGUUGCUGCCGCUCAUCCGCAGAGAUGUCACGCCGCGCUCGCCGUAUGCAACAGCAUUUAUGGAGACCAAGGUCGAGCUUGUAAGGCAAGCAGCCGAGGCCUCGACGCAGCGAUACAAGGAGGGGAAACCGCUGGGUAUACUCGACGGCGUCCCAUUUGGCGUCAAGGACGAUCUGCGCGUCAAGGGCUACAAGCACUACAUUGGCACGACGCACGACUUUAGCCAUGGCGGCAGCACGGUUACAAGUUGGUGCGCAGAGGUGGUGGAAAAAGAGGGCGCCAUCAUGGUUGGGACACUCACGAUGCACGAACUAGGCAUGGAUACAACAAACAAUAACCCCAACUGGGGCACGCCGCUGAACCCAUACAACAAUUCCUACUAUCCAGGUGGCUCCUCAGGAGGCGCCGCGUCUGCCGUAGGCCACGGUCUCAUUCCAUUUGCCAUUGGCUCUGAUGGUGGUGGCUCAGUCCGAAUUCCCAGCAACUACUGCGGCCUGUACGGUCUCAAGACCUCACAUGCGCGCGUGUCCAUUGCGCCAAUGCCAAAUGCUGGUAAAUCUGUGACGGUCCGCGGGCCCCUCGCAAGCAACAUGUGCGAUCUCGAAAUCGCAUACCGCGUCCUCGCGCAGCCAGACCCUUCAAACUACCCUGCGUCGCUGUUUGCUCCACCCAAGAAACAUACGGGACCCCGUAGCAAGGUCCUCGGCGUACACAAGGCAUGGGUUGACCGAGCAGAUGCGCCCGUCCAAGAAGCGUUUCAAUCUGCACUACGUUACUUUGAAACCGAGCUGGGAUACCAAGUCGUCGACAUCAGUAUCCCACUACUAACAGAAGGCCAACUCGCACACGCCAUGACCAUCAUGGCGGAAGGCGUUGCAGGCUUCAAGCAGUCGAUUUACAGUCUUACGCCUCCUAACCGCGUUCUCAUGACUGUCGGGCGCCAGACACCCGCUACAGACUUUUUGCUUGCCCAGCGCCUUAGACAUCUUCUUAUGCAGCAUCUCGCAGAUUUGUUUACAAAGUACCCCGGUCUCGUUAUCGUUACGCCUACCACGCCAAAUGCGGGGUGGCCUAUUGACGAGGCGGAACUAUCGCAUGGUGUGACGAAUGCGAACAUGCAGAUUAGAAACAUGGAGUACGUGUGGCUUGCAAACUUUACCGGUAUCCCAUGUAUACAGUUCCCAAUGGGAUAUGUGGACGGUGUCAAGGGUAAAGGCAAAGUGCCGGUUGGCAUGAGUGGACAGGGUGAAUGGGGCAGCGAGGAUGCGCUGAUUGAGUUUGGACAUGAUGGCGAGAAGUGGCUGCACGAGGGCUAUGCAGGAGGGAAGGUCAUCCCUGAAGCGUGGGCGGAUGUUUUGAAGAUGAAGUAG